AUGUCUCGCUACACCGCUGUCCACGUCAACACCAAAGGUCCAGGCGACGCUCGCCCAACAGCCCUCCAGAUCAUCAAGGACGAAGGACUCGAGGAAAAACGUCAAGGUCAAAUUUUCGUCAUCACCGGCACAUCCUCUGGAAUCGGCAUCGAGACUCUCCGCGCCAUCGCCGCGACUGGGGCAACUCUGUACCUUACGGCCCGAGACCUUGACAAGGCCAGAACAGCCUUAGAUGGCAUCUUCGACCCCUCCCGCAUGGAACUGUUCCAGAUGGAUCAGGGGUCUCUUGCGUCCGUCCGGGAUGCUGCUACUGCUAUUCUCAAGAAGACCUCUAAGAUCCACUGCCUCAUCGCUAAUGCUGGCAUCAUGGCUAUUCCUGACCUUCGCUUUACGGCUGAAGGUCACGAACUCCAGUUCGGCACCAAUCACCUGUCUCACUUCCUCUUCUUCCAGCUUCUAAAGCCUGCACUCCUUGCUGCUGGGUCACCUGACCUCCCCUCUCGGGUCGUGGUUCUUUCUUCGUCCAGCCAUAACAUCCACGGCAUCAACGACGCUGACAACUACGCCUUUGAGCAUGGCGACUACAACCCCAACAUCGCUUACGCCCAAUCCAAAACAGCAAAUAUCUACAUGGCCAACGAGGUUGAACGCCGCUACGGCGCAAAACACCUCCACGCCACUAGUGUCCACCCAGGCGUCGUCGCCACAGGACUGACUAGACACAUGCCGCCCGACGCCUUCAAGGGUAUGGAGCACAUCUAUCCUAUGAUGAAGAGCGUCGAGCAAGGAGCUGCAACUACGGUGUGGGCAGCUGUUGGUGAGGCUUGGAAGCAUAAUGGUGGUGAAUACCUUGUUGACUGCGACGUUGCCAAGCCGGCGGUUGAUGGAGACGAUAAGAUAAUCGGGCCUGGGUAUGCUCCGUACGCGUAUGAUGUCGAGAAGGCGGCACGGCUGUGGAUGGACUCGCUCAAGUUGGUGGGAUUGAAGGACGAGGAGUAG